UCUUGAACACCAUCUCAUUAACUUGAACUAGUCUUUUCCAUUUAUGUGUACUUUUCUCCUAUCUAACGUCGAAUGCGCUGUUGCUCAUUGAAUUAUUCUAAAAAGAUUGAGAUAGAAUAUUUGCACAUUGCACACUAGAUUUAAUUCAUGUGCCUUUAUGAAUAGAAAAAUGAGAUGCAGAUGUGAGUUGUGGUUGAAGAAAUGUUUGAUUAUGUCUCAUAGAAAGAUCAAAAUGAACAUAUAUAUGCAGAUUAUUCAGAACCACCAUUUUUUGAGAUCCGAUCUCGUUCCACCAGAAAACAAAUAUCAGAUUUGGAAUCUGCAUGCAAAAAGGAAUCAGAAUAUGUAUGCUGUUUUUCUCUAAACUGCCCCCAAAAAAAUCAGCCUGAUUUGCUAUGCUACUCUAUAUGCCUCGUUUUCGCUUUCUGAGAUUCAAUAAAUGAUAUUAAAAUCUAAAAAAUUUAACUUUUGAAAAUUGAGAUCUUGUAGUUAGGUGUUUUUAUACAUAAUCAUCAAUCGAGAUCUAGCAUGAAAUUUUUUCGUGCUAAUGUUUUGAUAUCCUUUGUAUAAGCAGUUUCUUCUUUUCUUUGACUUUUGUAUUUAUUUAUCAACGGUAUGAUGAGAUGUCCGUUGUUCUUUUAGUCCUUUAUGUAAUUCUGUAUUUUUGGGUAUGUAAGUAAUUUUAAAACGUAAUUCGAUUUAAAAGUUUAAAUAAAAAGAGGGAAGAAGGAAAAAAAAAACCCUCUUCCUUUGUCUGCAUUCGUAUGGAACACACACGCACAAAAAAAAUAACAAAGCACAACAAAAAGAUGUAAUGGACAAUUUAAGAAUUUUUCAUUACAAAAAAGUGAAAUCUGAUCAUAUUGAAUUCUGUUUAUCGAGAACAAAGGACAGAAUAUGUACACGACUGAUGUGAGAAAAGUAAGAGAUGACGAAAAAAGAAAAUAGAAACGAAAUCUCUUAUAGAACAUUGAACGUUCUAUAACAAGUUCUUUUUAUACUAGAAAUAUUUCUAACAAUAAACACAGAUAUCUGCAUCACUACAGAUAUUUUUCAUUUGUUUGGUAUAUCUUAUAAAAUAUAAUGGUCAGACUAUUCUUCUAACUUGAAUGUUGAAGGAUUUUUCUUUUCAUCGAUGUGCUAUGCAAUUAAUAAUAAUUACAUAUAUUUUGUUGUUUGCAACAAAAUAGAGUAAUAGUUUUCACACGAGGGAAUUCGUAUCGAUCAUGUAAAAAGCAGAAAUGACAACCUUGCACUAAUGAUAACCUGUUUCUCUUCUUUUCUAAAGAGAGAAAAAGAAUAUUAGAAUCGAUGAAUAUUAUACAAACAAGUUAAUUGAGCAUUUAUGAUGCCUACAAGAACUGAACAUCGUUUUGGACAUGAAGUUAUUGAUGAUAUUGUGGAUAAACCAACAAAUCUAUUUACAUCACAUUCAACAUCAUCAUUUGAUUAUAAUAAUAUAAAUAAUAAUCCAUUAUCAAAAACAUUAUCAAAUGCAUUGAAUAGUUCAUCUAAUCAACGAACUUAUUCUAGUUUUACAAAUAUACCAUCAUUAUAUAAAUCAGAGACAAAUUUUUUACCAUCUUCAACUACUGAUCGUUUACAUUUAACAUUGCCUCGUUCAAAUUCUUCAACAACGGCAAAUAUUCAUCAACAAUCUCUAUCAAAUGAUGAAAGACAAAAAGAAUUAAAAAUGGUAUUAAAAAAUUUAUAUUCUAAAACAAAUAUAAACAAUGAUGAACAACAACAACAACAACAGCAACAACAACAGUUCAACGAAAAUUUAGAUUCACAUUAUUUUAUGAAAAAUACAAAUCAAGAUCAAAUGUUAACAACUACCAAUUGGACAUCAGCAUUUACAAAUAUGAACAAUGGAGAAGAUAAAUUGAGUAAUAUUAAUGAGGUUAUAACAUUAGACGAUUUAAAUGAACAUAGUUCAUCGAAUGGGAAUUUAUUACAACGUGAAUUAAAGGAAAAAGAACUUGACAUUGUUCAUUUACAAAAAGAAUUACAAGAAGUACAAUUAGAAAAUAAAUUAAUUAAAGCUAAAGUAUCUGGUGUUUUUUAUCAAAAUGGAACGAAUAAAAUAGAUGAUAGUAAUAAUCCAGAAAAUGAAAUAUUACGACGUGAAAAAGAUGUAUUAGAAAAUGAAUUAAAAAAAUCUCAUGAAUUAAUUGCAAAAUUACAACAAUCACCAAUUCAAAAAGCACAAGUUUAUUCAAAAAUUGAUGAAAUAACAUUACAUCAGAAAGAAACAUUAGAAAAAAAAUUAAGAUUAUAUGAAAAACAGCUAACAGUUUUAACACAAGAAAAUGAAAAGUAUAAUCAACAUUUUCAUCAAACUGAUCGAGCAAUUCAACAAUUGAAACGAGAAAAUGAAGAAUUACAACAAAAAGUAACAGAAACUAAAAAACGAAAUGAAGAAAUGUUAUAUCAAGAAUUCAAUGUAUUAAGAUCGGAUUUAAAACUAUUAAAACAACGUAAUGAUGAAUUAUUUGAAGAAAAUCGUCGAUUACAACAAGAACAACGAAAUGUAAAUUAUCGUACAACGUAUAGAUCACCAUCACCAUCUCCCUAUACCAAUGGAAAUAUGACUAAUUCACAUGUUUAUAAUCAAGAAUCAACAUCUGAUAAUAUUCCACCACUACCUCCAAAUUAUUCAUCUUCAAAACCUCCUCCAUCAUCUACUACACGACGAUUAUCAUCGAACGAUCGACGAAAAGAUGGAAAUGGAAUUGAAUCAUCAACUUAUCAAUCAAAAUCAUCAAAUCUUCGCAGUGAUAGUCCAACAUCGGAAGCAAGUGAUUCAACUCAAUAUUUAACAUCUGUUUCUGUUGAACGUUAUACAAGACCUCAAUCAAACCGUGUUCGAAAUAAUAUUAAUAAUCGUGAACAAAAAUACGAUCAAUUACCGUUAUCAAGAUAUCCGAGUCGAUUAUCCACGGAGGAAUUACAAUCGGCAGAUAUGAUCAACAACAAAAAUAAUGGCGGUAAACGUAUUUUGAAGAAAAAUCGUUCCGUAGAAUGGAGUAAUGUUCCAAAUGAUGAUAAUAACGGUGAAGGUAUGAUUCUUUUUCUUAUUAUCAAUAUUUUCAAUUUUAAUUGCAUGCAACACUGUAAACCUUUACUUUAAGGUUUUAUUAUAUGACUAAUUUUUGACAAUACAUGCACAUACAAGUAAACAAUAACUUGUAUUAAUCUUGCAAAAUAUAAAAUUUGUACGUUUAUCUCGUAAUCAAGCUCAUUCUAAUUGAACACAAUUCUCAAGUCUAGAUAAAUUAAAUAUAUUGAAAAGUUUUGCUCUAGUUAUUUGAGUGCUAGCUAUAAGCAUGAUUUAUAUAUGAAAAUCACAUAGUUCUAUUACCAGAAGCGACAGUACGUUAUUGUUUUUGAACUUAUCGUUUUUUUGUCUUAUAACAUUCGAAUGAAAAACUGUCU